CGCGGGGGGGAGGGAGGUGCCGCCAUCUUGCCCGCCCGCCCGCCGCCAUGCCGGAGGACCGCGACUGGGAGGCCUACAAGGUGCCGCCGACCCGCACCCCCGUCUCCGACAGGAUCACGUCGGUGCCCAACCCGGUUAACAUCUUCCAGACCGUCUUCAACUACGUCGUCGACGCGCCCGUCACUUUCGUCCGAGAGUGGAUCGAGCGCCAGCAGGCCAAGAACAGGUACUACUAUUACCACCAGAAGUUCCGCCGUGUUCCCGACCUGAGCGAGUGUCUGGAGGGAGACUACCUGUGCUUCUUCGAGGCCGAGGCGCAGUGGAGGAGGGACAGGCUGGUUGAUCAGGAAAUCGUGGAGAUCAUCCGAGAGAGGGUAGGUGCAUGCAAGCAGAGGGAAGGGCCCAACCAGUUCCAGAACUGUGCCAAGGAGGUGGAGCUGCUGGCACAGGUCACCAAGGCCUACCAGGACAGAUAUGGUGACCUCGGUGCCCAUGGGAAUGCCAGGACAUGCCUGAUGAAGCAGAAGCACAGGAUGAUGGAAGAGAGGAAGGCACAAGCAAAUGCCUCUGAGAGCUGAAGCGUUCACACGUCCAUGGUUGGAUCUUGCACGUUGCCUCUUUGAACUCUGAUGCUGGUGAGGACAACAAUAAAUGUGCAGCCCAGACAUGUGCUGUACAACCAGAA